CGGUAUGAGUGAUAUAACCCGUCAGACAGUCUAGAUAUUUAGCUGUCAUUGGUAUGACACAUGUGACAGUGACAGGUGACAAUAUGGGUUGUUUUUAGGUUAUAAAUUGAAUGAAGCACAAUAAUAAAUUUCAUUUUUAAUUUCAGUAUAUUUUUAAUAUAUUCGAUUCCAUUUUCCAAUCUGUCAAGUAGUUAUGAAUAAUAAUAAAAAUCCUGCUCCUGGAGAUGGUUUGCGAUCUGUGAGAAGUACUACUUUAUUCAGGACAGUCAACUUUGAACUCUAUGCAAAACCUAAUGCCGUCAUAAUGGGACUUGGAUUAGUUGCUAUCAUUGGUUGUGCAGGAUAUAUUGCUUACAUGAGAAGCAAAUAUGAGGGGAUGGGAUAUUAUGGUGCUGUCAGAGAAGAUGGUUCUGAACAGUUCAUCAAGAAGAAAUCAAAAUGGGAUUAGUAUAGGUAUAGAAAGGCAUUCUUUGGUAAAAAAUUGUGAAAUUUGGUACAUUUUUCAACUCCCUAGAUAGAUAAAUAUAUAGAGAUCUUACUAAUAUAAUGGAUUUGCCCUUUUCCCUUGAGUGCCAACACUGCCAACUGCUCCCGAUUCUAUUGGAUGUUGACACAGUUGAAUGCUUAAAAUUGAGGCUAAAAUAAACAUUUUACAUCAUUUAUAUAUAUUGAUAUUUUUGAAAUAUAUAUCGGCAUUGAAGCUUUUCCACCAAAUAUGACCUAUUACCACAUAUUAUUAUAUAUCCUAGUUCAACAACUAUUUCUAGAGAGAUCACAAGGUUGGUAGAACUGAUGAUAAUUCGUAUCCAUCUAUUAGGUAGUGUCUGAACUAUCAUAUUCAAGUUUCCUGCAUUUAUUCUUUCAAGAAAUGGAAAAUGGAGUUUACUGAGCUCCUCUGU